AACAAAGCUGGGUUACGUAGUUUCCAAAGCUAGCCUUCAACCUCAUCCAAUUCCCAGAAUUCUGCUUCAAAAUCCAAGAAAACGGUGAAGACAACAUUGAUCCUGGCAGCAGCUGUGGUUCCAGUUGUAGCAACGAUUUCCUUUCUCUAGUUGGUGAUAGAUCUUUAUAAAAGGAGUGAAAUAGAGAUGCUCAGAAUCUACCAGCCCGUCCCUGAAGUGCUUGACGCAUUGCGAAGCUCAAGGCUGAGCGUGGCUGUGGGUCCGAAGAAUGAGGAAUUGCAGAACCUUGCUGCUACUCCAGAUGCUGCGGCAGCCAUCGCCCCUUACAGAAACAACGUUCAAUUCAAAUGGAUCACGCUUGGGAACGAGUUCAUCCCGGGACCAUUAGCAACGUAUGUUGCUCCAGCCAUGAACAACGUUCGCAACGCACUCAUGUCAAUCGGACUAAACGUAGUCAAGGUCACCACUGUCCUCCCCUCAAACCCCCUCUCUGCCUCCUACCUUCCUUCCGCCGGGACCUUGGACAGCAGCAUAACCAGGAUCAUGUCCGACAUUGCCAGCAUUUUGGUCCAAGAUGGUGCACCGCUCAUGCUCAACCUGUACCCUUACUUUCCCUAUUCGUCAGACCCUGAUCACAUCUCCCUAGCCUACGCUCUUUUCAGGGGGACGUCACCACCGGUGGUGGAUGGAGUGUUGAAUUACUUCAACCUCUUCGACGCCAUGGUGGAUAGCUUUAACGCGGCGCUGGAGAAGAUAAAUUACGGUGCCGUGGUGCUGGCAAUAUCGGAGUCAGGAUGGCCAACGACCGGAAAUGCCCCAUUCGCGAGCAUUGGGAACGCACAGACGUGUAAUAAGAAUCUGUUGGAGCAUGUACCCACAAAUGGGACUCCGAGGAGGCCUUCAGUAUUGAUGGACACGUUUUUCUUCGAGAUGUUCAACGAGAACCUGAAGGAAAGUGGGGUGGAGCAGAACUUCGGAUUCUUCUACUCCAACAUGGAGCCUGUGUAUCCCUUCUGGUGAUCAUUCCAUGCAUGCAUGAUUUAAUCAAAUAGAUAUGUAGUUUUGAAUUUGGCAGUAACCAUUUUGUGGCGAAAGAUAUGGAUGAGUUUAUAAUAAUGAAAAGGAAUUUUUUUU